UCCUCUGGCUGGCACCAUGCAGCUCUCUCUCGCUCUGUGUCUCGUCUGCCUGCUGGUGCAUGCAGCCUUCUGUGUGGUGGACGGCCAGGGGUGGCAGGCCUUCAAGAACGAUGCCACAGAGAUCAUCCCCGAGCUGGGCGAGUACCCCGAGCCUCCGCCAGAGCUGGAGAACAACAAGACCAUGAACCGGGCGGAGAACGGAGGGAGGCCCCCUCACCAUCCUUUUGAGACCAAAGACGUGUCCGAGUACAGCUGCCGCGAGCUGCACUUCACCCGCUACGUGACGGACGGGCCCUGCCGCAGCGCCAAGCCGGUCACCGAGCUGGUGUGCUCGGGCCAGUGCGGCCCGGCGCGCCUGCUGCCCAACGCCAUCGGCCGCGGCAAGUGGUGGCGCCCGAGCGGGCCCGACCUGCGCUGCAUCCCCGACCGCUACCGCGCGCAGCGGGUGCAGCUGCUGUGCCCCGGGGGCGCAGCGCCGCGCGCGCGCAAAGUGCGCCUGGUGGCCUCCUGCAAGUGCAAGCGCCUCACCCGCUCCCACAACCAGUCCGAGCUCAAGGACUUCGGGCCCGAGGCCGCGCGGCCGCAGAAGGGCCGAAAGCCGCGGCCCCGCGCCCGGGGCGCCAAAGCCAACCAGGCCGAGCUGGAGAACGCCUAUUAGAGGCCGCCCGCCGCGCCGCGCUCCCCGACCCGCGCCCCGGCCCAGGCGCCCCGGGUUCUGCCCUCUGCGCGCGGUCCGAUCGUUUGUAUCUCAUUGUAAAUGUCUGCAACCCCGGGCGGGGGGCGGAGACCUCCCGGGCUUCGGCAGGAGGCGGCCAGGCCCUGCGGAUCCCGGGGCGGGGAGGGCCAGAAGAGCCCCCGCCCCCACUGCCCCGCGUCCGAGGGGGUCCCGCCGGGCAGGGGAGGGCGCUGAGAGUCACACACACUGAGCCACGCAGCCCCGCCCCCCGGGGCCGCCCACCUUUGCUGGUCCCACUUCAGAGGGAGGCAGGAAAGCAAAGCCUUUCACCGCCCAGGGGUUCUAAGGGAGCGGUGGGGAAUGAGA